AGUCGUGUGCGGGCUUUCUCAGUGACGACACAGGUGGUUAUUUUACAUCAUCCUCCUUCCACUGAAGGAGUAAAUCUCAGACAAUCUUUUUUUCAUCUGUUCAACACCGCCCUCGCCAGUGUGUCUAGAGGAGUUGCUGUUUUUUUUUGUUUCUGUUUUUGGGGGGGAGGUGAACUAGGAAGGGUACAUUGUGUGGUACUGGAGCAAAAGGGCAAAAGUGAGUGUCGGAAAAGUGCUGGAGUCUAUUUGACAAAGAUUGCAUUGGGGAAGAGUAGCAAAUGCAUUUGCUAAUGGUGUCUCCUACCCACCUAGCCUGAAAAAGCUGUCGCCCUUCAGCCCCCCACCUUGUCAACCUCAUCAUUUGCAAACCAUCUACGGGAGACAUACCAUUCAAAUUUCAUUAUAAUCCCAUUUUUGCCCUCCUCCGAUGAUGGUACUGGGAUGAAAAGUGGGAUCUGUGAAUGGGAGGAUGUGGUUGUGUUAAAAAUAUGUGCGGAGCUCCGACGGUGAAGGAUAAUGUGCUACAAAGUGUACCCAAAAAAGCUCAUGAGGGUGAGGGUGCUCGUGUAGGCGUUCUCGGGGGCAUUUUCAUAUGCCUUUCAUCUAAGUGUCUUUCGUGAUACAUUUUUUUUAAAUUAAAAUUUAAUAACAGAAGCCAUUCUGGGAGCAUUUAAUGUAAUUGAAAAUUUUUCAAAUCCAGCAUUCACUGAAUGUGCAGCAAGUGUUUGUGUUCAGUGCCAGUGAAAAGUGGCUAAAAACGAGUUGGGGGGUGUAAAAAGGACAAUUAGUGCUUUUUUUCUCCUCUUAUAUUGUUGUUGUUGCUGUGAAGAAGUCUCUAGGCGAAGAAGCACAAAUUAUACGCUUCUGGUGUAAAUUGAAAUUGAGAGAAUAAUGCAGAGAAUUGCAAAAAAGUGAGACCAGUGGAGACUCUCAAGAUAAGAAGGAGAAAAUUGUAUUUUCUUAUCAUCUUCAAAUAACUUGGGAUAUAAAUCCAAUAAGCAGUACUCUAGCAAGAUAACACUAAUGGAUUAAAAGUGCACCGAGUAUCAUCAGUGACAGGAUAUUGCAGGAUGCCUCCACUGCUGUGAAAUUUCCAACGUAGCAUCACUGAAGGUCCAUGACUUGUGCGAAAUGCGAGAACUUCCAGUGUGGCUCUGGUGUAGCCUCAUCCUUCGUCUGUCAAUAUUCAUCGGGCAUUGUUGGGCAGCUUCCGGUCCAAAUGGCAUUUUUGCCACAUUCAGCACUCCUGGCGAUAUUGGCAAGGAUGCCAUCGAGGAGUCCCUACAGACAAUACAUGACAUAGCAACGGAAAAUCUGGGCAAGUAUUGCCUUUCGAGGGCAUUUCGCCCACUGAGGAUUCCUCUUCGUGUCGAACGCUACGAGGGAGCACGCCAGAAGGCUGACUUGGCUGCUACAGUUCUGCAGGAUGUGGGGGUCAAUCGACAUGGAGGUCUUUUAGACGCUAUCGCAAAAAGCCUCUUGAGCGACAUUCACGUGACUUCAGCACGAAUUUUAGCGCUCAACAUCACAAAUGGAGCAAUCAUCACUGCCGUGUGGUGGAACCAACAGUUAGGUGGCCUCGGUGGACCACAUAGGGUUGAAGAGGAGGGUCUGAGUGUGGGUUCGAAGCCAGAUAUGAAUUAUCCCUGGUUUGAGGAUGAAAUGUCAUCACCAGGACUACGGUCACCUAAGUUCUCACCAAGUCCCAUCAGUGUAUCUUUCAAAGGCUGGUGGACCUACCCUUAUUAUCUGUGUAGCCACCGAAGGUGGACGCUUUCGUACAGUGUUGCAAUCCCACCGACUAGUCGACAUGGUGUACGGGGAUUCCUCAGUGUAGAUAUAGACGUCUCGGAUCUACACGUGAAUCAGUGUGGUCCAGGAGAUGAUGAGGAAGAGAACUCUAUGGAAAUCGACGCCCUUCUGGGUUCACACAAGUGCCAUCCAACCACAAUGCAGUGUGAUCAUCGAUUUUAUGGUGGAGGAAGGUCAAAAGGCAGUUAUAAUGGAAAUGGUGAGGGAUGGCGUCGUGGGGAUUACCAGUGUCUCUGUAAGCCGGGUUUCUACUCAUCUCGGCAUCCCUUUGGCUUCAAUGGUUCCGUCAUGGAGGUGGCAUAUCAGGAGUAUUGGAAUAAUGAAAGUACCAUUUAUAUGGAUAAAUUCCAAUGUCUCAAAUGUGCCGACGGCUGUGGCAAUUGUCUGGGUCCUGCUCCAUGCUUGGCCACGUACAACUGGGUCUUCCGCAUCACACUCCUAAGCGUUUCUGUCCUUUGCGCCCUAUUCACCAUUUCUUUAGCCUUCUACAUGUACCGCCAUAGAAAGGUCAAGGUUUUCAAAGUGGCUAGCCCGAUUUUCUUAACCAUCACACUAUUGGGAUGUUCCUUCAUGUACCUCGAGAUGGCCGCAAUAUUUCCAAUUCUAGACACAUGCAGUUGUAUCGCUACCAAAUGGACCCGUCAUAUGGGCUUCUGCAUUACAUAUACGUCCCUGCUCAUGAAAACUUGGCGUGUUUCACUAACGUACCGUGUAAAGUCCGCUCACAAAGUAAAGCUCACGGACAAGCAACUACUACAGUGGAUGGUACCCAUAUUGCUUGUGAUGUUGAUCUACUUGGGUACCUGGACUCUGUCUGCCCCACCGACAGCCGAAGAGAUUACCGACCAGUAUGGACUGAAGUUCAAGCAGUGCUCAUACAACUGGUGGGACCAUAGCCUAGCUAUUGGGGAAGUACUCUUUCUGGCUUGGGGUAUUCGAGUCUGUUACAAUGUUCGCCAUGCUGAAUCUAUGUACAACGAGGCAAGACUCAUUUCGUACGCCAUCUAUAACAUAGCCCUCGUCAAUACCACCAUGGUGGCUUUUCACUUGUUCAUAUUUCCCCAAGCGGGACCGGAUAUAAAGUAUCUAUUGGGAUUCAUACGCACCCAACUGUCGACAUCAGUGACCGUAGCCCUUGUGUUUGGACCCAAAGUUGUGAGGGUGUUACGGGGUCAGGGGGACCAGUGGGACAAUAAGGCACGUGUACGUGGUGUCACAGCAUCCUUCUCCCUCAAUGGCAUUGGCCUCGUGCCUGAGGACUCUCCAGACUUGUAUCAGGAGAAUGAGGAACUCAAGGAGGAAGUACAGAAACUUGCUGCCCAGAUUGAAUUUAUGCGAAUUGUGAAUAUGGAGAUGAAUAAUAGACACCUCAAACCCAAGCCCGGAGGAUACUUCACACUCACAUCCAGUCUGCAAAGUCCAUUGUGCAAAGCGUCAAGUAGUCAGAGUCAAUCUAUUAAGCAAAUGACUGCACAUGUCAAUAAUGCCACCAUUAGUGAUGAUGGACAUAGUGGAUCAAACAGCAUUGGUACCAAUUCAAUUGGCUACCCGGCGGCUCCAUCGCAUGCAACAAGUGGUCAGUUGAAUAUUAGCGAACGUGUUUGACAUGGACUCCGAAGUGGUCAGAACUGCUCGUUGGCUUCCAGUUCCACAACCAGUAAUUCCCCAAGUAAGACAUUCGAUAUUCGAAUCCCUAUUUACGUGUAAGAGCGCCAAAAUCAACAGUAUUCUACAGCUCAAACAAAUUGAACAAGUAUAAUAUUGCUCAUAAACUCUUUUUAUUAUAACCAGACUAACAAAGAAAAGAUACUUCUAUAUGUGUUGAUGUAUAAGAUUUCCAUAUAAGAAUGGAUUAGAAUCGUUUUUUUUUCUUUGGUUAUUCAAAGCUUCAUUUCUCUAGGGAUGUAUUGAAUGUGAAUGACCACCACGAGAGAAUGCAUGAGUAAGAAAUAAGUCUCAAAAUGGGGCAAAAUAGGAUGAGAACAACAAUUCCUUGUACAUAAACAUAGUGAAUAAGCUGGUUGUCAUUUUACAUAAUGAAAUGCUUAUCCCUUACGGAUUCACGUGAACUUCUACAUGUUCUUUAUGGUGAGAAAAGAAAAGUUAGAUAAGAAUAAAAAUAUUUUCAGCCACUGUGUUGCCAUUAAAUGGCCUUUUCAUCUAUUAAAACGGGUGAUAAAACACCAAGAAAACAUUAUAUUUUAUCACCAUCAUCGAGUAAUUCUGUUCACUUCGGGAAUGACUUAAAUUGCUGAACCAUUUCAACACAGACGAGAAUGUUAAAAAAUCACUAGAGAAAA